AUGCCUUCCCAUCACAGGAGGUUGAUACACCGACAUGCCGAGCGCAUCCUCUCACAAAUCCCCCGUGACUUGGCCCCUGGAGAAGCGCGCUUCUAUUCCUUCUACUCGCCAUCACUAAUUGGCGGCGUCCAUACCGUGUCUGUCUCUCAGGACAUAUCAGCCCCCCCGGAGCCCUACAACCCUGACAGAUCACGUCGGACGACAAAACUCGACGAGUUGUCGCAAAGUUUCAUUGUCGUCGCGCCCAAGUUCACUCUGCCUCCCAAUGCGGUCGACUCGGUGUUUCCGGGACCGGGGACAAGCGCGGAACACACCGUGCUGCCGCAUAUUGUGUUGAAGGAUCCGCAUCUGCCGUGGAUGCGGAGUCCGACGCAUAUUCCCGCCGGCGAGGACGACAACAACACGAGAAGUCAGACAACGUGGCUUGCUUUGCUGAUCUUCUCCGUGGAGGAGCUGCAGAUUCCCCCAGAGACAAUCCAGAGCGUUCUACGCCAGGUCCCUCCGGAUGUGAAGCGAGAACAGAGCGAGACCUUUGCUCUACGCAUGCGAGCUCAGGACACUGCCAAGCUCCAGGAUGUGGUGAACACGACCGGCUUCAGCGCCCAGCUGAACGCGAGAGACGCCACCGAGCCAACCGAGGUCAUCCUGCUGCCCGGCCAACUAUUCUCGUCGCUCUUUGUCGAUCCCGGAACCGACAAGACCAAGCUGAACACUGCCGGCUACAAAUACAUGGCUCACGUGCGCCAGGUAGCCACUGAUGGCAUGGCACAGGCGGGAUCGGAAACGGAUGAAGCCAUGUUCAGCGUGGUUGUCAGUCGCCGUACGGGACCCAUUGACGCCGAGCAUUCGAGCAUGAUGAUUGCUCAUCUGGUUUCGCUAGACUGGGAUGGCGGGGACGGCAAAGAGAGCCAAGUUCGACUUCCCAUCCCCAACGACGCGCGUGUGGCCAUGACAAGCCUGUAUAGUUGGACAUAUACCUGCCUCCCGUCCCUGAACCAAUCUAGCCCCCUGGACCUUUUGACGAACCUGGGCGAGCAUCUGACUGUUCUCCGCGCCGGCGAGGUAGCAGCACCGUCCUCGCAAAAUCACGACCUCGCAAAUGCCAAUGACGACGAGGCGCUCUCCGCGAUGAUUGCCAAACGCCAAGCUGACGGGUACGCUCUGGCCCGCUGUCGCACCGUCACCGGCGAAGUCACGGCAAGCAUCAUACGCGGACCUCUGGUUCCCAACCAGGUCGCCCGUCCCCUGAGGGAAAAGUUUGUCAUGCAAUCGAAUUUCGGGAGCGACUUGGCUAUUUUUGACCAGGAUUUUGGGCUGCUGGACCAGACAUAUUCGACAGCGUGGCAGCUUGGCAAGACGUUGGCCAUGGCCGACGACGCCUUUUGCGCAGCUCUGGCAAGGCUGCGAGCUGGCGGCCACGAACGUGGCUUGGAGCGCGCCAAGCAGGAAGUCCAUGUCCUGAUGGGCCAAGAUGGUUACUUGAGGAGGCAGAAAGCAGCAGACGGAAUGGUGGACCUGGUAAGGGGAUUGAACGCCCUCAACACCCGGCUGCACGCCCACGGUCGUGCAGCCACGGCUGUGGUCGAGAACCGCUGGAGCGGCGACGAAAGCGCCAAGGCCGCCAUGAUGAGUGAAAUCGACCUGCUGUCGCAGAACUCGCCUCAUCUUGCUUCUCGGCUGGGGGCCCACACCGACGAGGCAGUUCUUGGCUUCGCCAUGGCAGAGGCAGGCGAGGACGGCAACGAGGUUCUCUACAACGAGUACAACGUCGCCACGAACCCAGACUACGCGUACGUCUAUUCUUGGGUUCUCGACAAAGCUCAUCUGGCCAACAUCCCGGCCCACUAUCUCCUCCCGGACCGGGCGUUUCUGCCCCAAGAAACCCUCCGCUUCUUCUACGUAGACGCCAACUGGACGGAUGCGCUGAUCGACGGCGCUCUCAGCCUGGCCAACCACUGGGGUGCUACCCCCGACAAGGACUCUCCGCGCACGGCAAUCAAAAAGGCAAUCAACGAGCGCCUCAGAACCCCCGACGACGCUCUCGGGGGCUGGCACGUGCCGAUGCCCCGUUUCGGGUUCCUCAUGCGGAGCCAGCUUCUGGUCCAGUUUCCCGACUUGGCCGUCGACGUCAAGUUUUCGGCGACUCGCACCCGGCCCGUGUCGUCCGAGGGCGUCGGGGUCAGCCCCCCGGCCAACACGCCGGCCAGACAGCCCAUUCUUGUGCAGAAGAGGAUCGCGCCAGACACCAUGUACUGUCUGUUCGACGCCGAGCCACCUGAUCUCAGGAGAAUCACCUUCACGAUGCCCCCGCACCAGCAGUGCUUCACGGUCGGCCAGACUUUGAACAAGUCGACGCUCAGCGUCAUUUUCAAGAAGCUCUACACGACUGACCAGCGUCCGCCGGACCACCAGCCUGGCCAAAACUUGGGAAGGGUGGAUUUUCCAAACGACGGCAAGACUCCCGUGUUUGACUGGCAGUCCCGCACCCUGGAUCCAGCGGCCUUCUCGACGUAUCUGGUGGCCAGACUGGGCCGGAACAGGGAGUCGGAGUUUUCCGACACGAUGCCAACGUCGGCGGUCUCGGGCUUGCAGCUCAACAACCCCAUCCUGCAGCUCGACGUGGGCGACGUGUCGGCCCAGACGUCGGGCAGCGCAUCGCCCGUGUUCCAGCUUUCCACGCCGACGGCGGACGCGCCAGCCGCGCCUCCAGUGCGCGCUCGAACGCCGCUCCGCGUGGCAUCGUCGGCCACCAGACACCCUGGACGGCAGCGCCCAGCAUCGCCCCCCCGAGACGCCGAGCUCCUCGCCCGGCACCGCCGGGAGCAUCCGCAGGCGGCGUUGCGGGCGCCUCCCGGCUUCGGCGCGGAUACCUUUGACCGGCCCCGCUACUCGGUCGGCGUCUACGCGGUCAGCAGCCGAGACCGCAGGUUCAUCCCGUCCGACUCGCCCGUCCCGUACGUCGACCUGGUCGUCUCCAUCCGCUGGUUCGGAGAGCGGCCCCAGUCGUACCUGCUCCCGCUGACGCGCAUGCUGGUCGGGAUUCCCUACGGCGAUAUGCCGCCCGACGUGGACAAGAACCCCAACGCCAAGAUCCCGCUGCUGGCCCGCACGGCGGACCCGCCCGUGCCGGCGAUGCUGCGCAACCAGCGGCUCAACGUGCUGAAGCGCUGGGGCAGCAAGGACGAGAAGGAGCUCAAGGGCCACGUGGUCUUUGAGCUGGUGCCGAGGACCCAGCCGGGCGUGCAGCUCAGCAUGAUUCGCGACGCGAGCUUCAGGCUGCCGAGGGCGCAGAUCACCAGCUACGCGGGGACCAGGCCGAGGUUUGCGCAGGUCAAGCUGUUUUACGAGUUCUUGGAGAUGCGGGGGAAGCCCAAGGUGGCGGAUUUUAGCGACCGCGCCGAGGUGCAGAUUCGCGCCGGGGUGGACGGAUGA